AUGGCUCAACCACCCGGACAACAAUCCAGGUUUCGCCUGAACCCUAAGCCCACAUAUAGCGAGAGGAUGUCAGAGACGCGAAGCGAGAUACGACGCAUAAUGAAGGAGGCACUGCGCCAGAUUACGGGCGACGACGUCGCUACGAUGCAUUGGCCGACGUAUUGGAAGGACAUUGUCGUCAGGUAUCACGUCGUGAUAGAGGGAUGGCCGCAAGAUAUCCCUUUCCGAAACCUAAGCGACGUCUCCAACUUGCCCAAGCUAGAUCAACUCUUGCGUGGGUGGCAAACCAGAGAGAUCUACUUUCGUCGUAUCUCCGAUGAUGAAUUCAACACCCUGAAAGCGCAACGCGCCACGACGGAGGGAGAGGGGUCUGGAAGUCAGGGCGUGGAGUAG